AUGGCAGCACUCACGCACAGCAGCACUCAUGCACAGCAGCACUCACGCACAGCAGCACUCAUGCACAGCAGCACUCAUGCACAGCAGCACUCAUGCACAGCAGCACUCAUGCACAGCAGCACUCAUGCACAGCAGCACUCAUGCACAGCAGCACUCAUGGACAGCAGCACUCAUGCACAGCAGCACUCAUGCACAGCAGCACGCAUGCACAGCAGCACUCAUGCACAGCAGCACUCAUGCACAGCAGCACUCAUGCACAGCAGCACUCAUGCACAGCAGCACUCAUGGACAGCAGCACUCAUGCACAGCAGCACUCAUGCACAGCAGCACUCAUGCACAGCAGCACUCAUGCACAGCAGCACUCAUGGACAGCAGCACUCAUGCACAGCAGCACUCAUGCACAGCAGCACUCAUGCACAGCAGCACUCAUGCACAGCAGCACUCAUGCACAGCAGCACUCAUGCACAGCAGCACUCAUGCACAGCAGCACUCAUGCACAGCAGCACUCAUGGACAGCAGCACUCAUGCACAGCAGCACUCAUGCACAGCAGCACUCAUGCACAGCAGCACUCAUGCACAGCAGCACUCAUGCACAGCAGCACUCAUGCACAGCAGCACUCAUGGACAGCAGCACUCAUGCACAGCAGCACUCAUGCACAGCAGCACUCAUGCACAGCAGCACUCAUGCACAGCAGAAAAUGA